CUUCUUAUGUAUUUGCAGAGGCUGCAGGGAAAUGGACUUUGCCUUAUUUUAACCACCCCCUUUUCUUCUUUCUGGUCUUUCCCCCUUUGCAGGUGGCUUUGCUGGCUGUGGCAGAAAUGAACGAAAGCCUCCCCUUGAACGAGACCGGGGCUGCGGCACCUUGGAUUCAGAGCAGCAGGGGCAAUUCUUCGCUGGAAUUUUCCUCCAAGCUCCCUAUCUUUGUCCUCAAUCCUUGGGAUAUUAUGCUCUGCAUCUCCGGAACCGUUAUUGCCUGUGAAAAUGCCAUUGUGGUGGCCAUUAUAUUCUACACUCCCAGUCUGAGAACCCCAAUGUUUGUGCUGAUCGGCAGCCUGGCCACAGCAGACCUCCUGGCUGGAGUUGGCCUAAUCCUUAAUUUUGUAUUCCAAUAUGUGAUCCAGUCAGAAACCAUCAGCCUUAUUACCGUUGGUUUCCUAGUUGCCUCUUUCACUGCUUCUGUGAGUAGCUUAUUAGCGAUCACAGUAGAUCGUUAUCUUUCUCUGUACAAUGCACUGACUUAUUACUCUGAGAAGACUGUUUUUUGUAUUCAUAUGAUGCUAAUCAUCACCUGGGGGGUGUCCCUCUGCUUAGGACUAUUGCCCGUCCUAGGCUGGAAUUGUAUGGAAGAUUAUUCAUCAUGCAGUAUUGCCAGACCUUUGACCAAAAGCAAUGUGACUUUGUUGUCUGCCUCCUUCUUUUUCAUUUUCAUCCUUAUGCUCCACUUGUACAUUAAAAUCUGCAAAAUAGUUUGCAGGCAUGCACAUCAAAUCGCACUCCAACAGCACUUCUUAACCGCAUCUCACUAUGUUGCAACCAAAAAAGGAGUCUCUACGCUCGCUAUUAUCCUUGGAACCUUUGGGGCCAGUUGGUUACCUUUUGCUAUCUACUGUGUCAUUGGAGAUUCAAACUACCCUGCGGUGUACACUUAUGCCACCCUUUUACCUGCUACCUACAACUCCAUGAUCAAUCCCAUAAUUUAUGCCUACAGAAACCAAGAAAUUCAGAGGUCCAUGUGGGUUCUCUUCUGUGGCUGUUUUCAAUCCAAAGUGUCCUUUCGUUCAAGAUCCCCCAGUGAUGUUUAAGUGACUUCUCCCUCUGUG